AUGCCAGUUACUUUAUGCCUUUCAGUGUUUAUUGUUCUGCUUACUAUCUUAUAUUCUGGCACUACUUCAGCGGAUCUGAUGCUCAGUGGCUACUCUUGUACUGCUAUAAUCAAUGCCUCAAUAAAAUUUCUCUGUCAGCUACCUCAGGUUCUGUCAAUCUUGCAACCCAUGGAGGAUCUUGCUUUGUCAUGGUACUUCCCCUACUUUCUUUUUCCAGUGUUUAUAGAUGUUUCAAAUAUCUCUCAACAACUUACCCUUUGCCAUCUUGCUAAUGUAUUUCUGAAUGCUUUGGAUUUCGUUCAAGCACCCAGUCUGAGUGAGAGCUUGCCACAAACAGCUGGUUCAUCUAUGUUACUUGGCGCUCAUGAACCGCUGUUAGCUUUUUUAUCCAGUAGAUGUGGAUCAUAUCUGGAUCAAGUGCUGUCCAACUUUUCAUAUUUUUGGGUCGCUGUUGAAUAUCAGCAGUUGUGA